AGAAACGAAUCGUGUCAAGUUACUGCAAGUUACUAAGCGCUGUCAUUUCUGUUGGUGCUCGUAACAUUCGUUGCAUAUCGGUAGUGUUUUCGAGCGUCUAGUAGAAACAAAAUUUGCCAAAGCGAACGCGUAUUUAAUUGAAACUUGUAAUUGAAAUGGCGGAUACAACCGUAGACGCAACGCGACGCUUAAAUGUGAAAAAACAAACAUUGGACGACGCUUAUGCGGCGCCUGCAAACUUCCUUGAGAUCGACGUGAUUAAUCCGAUUACACACGGUGUCGGCAAGAAACGAUAUACCGAUUAUGAAGUUCGUAUGAGGACAAAUUUACCAGUCUUUAAAGUAAAAGACUCAACAGUAAGAAGACGAUACAGUGAUUUCGAAUGGUUGAGAAAUGAAUUAGAAAGAGAUAGUAAGAUUGUGGUACCACCUUUACCAGGAAAAGCAUGGAAACGUCAAAUGCCUUUUCGUGGAGACGAUGGAAUAUUUGAGGAAGAUUUUAUUGAAGAUCGAAGAAAAGGCUUGGAAGUUUUCGUUAACAAAAUAGCUGGACAUCCUUUGGCACAGAACGAACGAUGUUUGCACAUGUUUCUGCAAGAACCGGUGAUAGACAAGAAUUAUGUACCUGGAAAGAUACGUAAUACAUAAGUCACUAUAAAAAAAUAUAUAUAUCACGAAUACCUUUUCCACCAAGCCGUCAUAUUUGAGAUCACGUUUUCAUUACAUUGACAUCUUAUUUGGAAGUCACGAAUAUUCUUAUUCUUGCAAGAACCAAGUAAGCUAUCUAUAUUAUGAUAUCAAAACAGGAUGCUUAUUUGGAAAUAUUCACACUUCUAGUUUACUCUAACUAUUAUUACAUUACACGAAAAACAUAAUAAAGUAUCUUUA